AUGGUGUCCACGGCUGGGGCCAUCGUCAUUACCAUCAUCGUGCUGCUCACGGCGGCCGUCGGCGGCUGGGUCGUCUUUGCUCGAAUGCGCGCGCGCAGGCUAGGCUUACCGCCGCCUACGCUAUCGUCGUAUUUGCCGUGGAAACGAAACGAAACCCCCUACGGCCCCCCGCAGCCAGCUCCCGGCGGCGUCGUUGGCUGGUUCAACGAUCAGGUCCGCAAGGUCAAGAACAGAAACAAUCGUUCCGCGGCCGGUGCAUACGAGCGGCCUCUUCAGGGCGGCAGUGGCGGGCGUCGAGGCUUUGGCCCUCUCGAUCCCGACGAGGCCUGGGAUGCGCGUGUAGGCAAUGAAGCCGACGGCUACGGAUACUACGAAGAACAGGAGCUCGGUCGGCAUAGCAACACCGAGUAUCCUGGCGGCAGCAGCUACAGCAUGAAUUUGGCCACGAACCCUCGUGCAGACUACGACGACGAGGAGCGCGGUCGCAAACCGGGCCGUCCUGACGUCUCCCAGAACAAGAAUCCAUUCGAUGAUGAUGCCGUCUCAAGUUUGCGUGGUGUCAGUCCCCGACCUAUCGAUACGGCUGCGGCGCAUACUCAUAGAUCAAGACCAAGUCAACCGGAGAGCGAUGGAAGCAGCCCUACUGAGAGAAGGUCGGCCUUUAGGGAGAAUGUAUAA